AUAGCUCCUCCUCCACUUACGCCUUCCCUUCAUUCCCCCUCCGCUCGUUUGCCCGUCUCUCUGAGAUGGCGAUUCGGUUUCAAACGCAGUACGACUUUACCGACGUGCCGAUUCCCACAAACAGGGUCCCAAUACAAUCGUCUGGAACAACAGUGCGACGAGCGAAGACUCUUACCCGCCCAGAGCGUGGAGUUGCUCCAGUUCCCCUCGUCGGGCCGUCGGCCCACCCUGUGGGCCCAUCAUCUAUCUCAGAAUAUGGCGGUUCAGAUGCCUGGCGCAUUAUUAGUCUUGUUCUAACUUUCUGGGCGCCUGAUGUCCUGCUCGGCAGCAUUGGUGGGCUGCGGGACAAGCAGAUUCGCCAGGCCUGGCGUGAGAAAAUGGCCCUUUGCAUGAUAAUAGCCGUAUUAUGUGGGGUGGUUGCUUUCAUCACCGUCGGUUUCCAGAAGGUGCUUUGCACGAACACCCAGGCAACAAGUAGCCGGUUUAUACGCAUGAACACUACCGCACAAACCCUAGGCGUCCAGGGUGUCGUCUUCAAUAUCAGCUCUGCCCAAUCCCCAUCGAAUCUUUCUUUUCCUGCUCUUGCUGCCAAGAUGCCGGGCCAGGACAUCACCCAAUAUUUCGCCCGCACCACCAGCGACUACCCCAAAUGCGCAGGUUUAACUGCUCGUGCUGCACUGGACACACCAUGCACCUCCAUUACGCCCUGUCAAUUACCGAACCUCGGCCUCGACUCUACAUUCAGUGCACUGGGUUUCAAGCGCACCAAUUUUGUCAUUGGCUAUUCGUGGGACCAAGUCGGAGCACUCGCCAACUACAUCGUGCUGGACGGAGCAGUCCUCAAUUUUACGACAUAUAUGCUCAAUCAUCCCAGUGCGAUACCUGCUGAUCCCGUGGAUGCUGCUCUACGCACGUUGCUAUCGGGUCCCAAUACGGCGAGCGGCAAAGAUGGGACGCGUCUGUUUACUUCGCGUCCGGAGCUCAAAUCUUCGAUCCAGUGUCUCCAGGAGCGCUACUAUGCUGGCAACAUCGACAAAGUCACUCCCGGCUGCUUCAUCACCACCCUCGUCCUCUACCUUGGUCUUGGUGUCAUCCUUGGCCUGGUCCUUAUUCGCUUUGUGAUGGCAAUCAUUUUCAAAUUUGUGCUAUCCCGUCGGCUCUCCGGCAACCCCGAUAAACAGUCGUUGAACCGGUCGGCCAUAAGCCCCGCAGUGAUGCCAGGGGGUGCCAAUGUUUCUAUAGACAACAAGAACGGAACUGCCCCCUGGUCCAAUGGUCCCAAGAAGCUCGCCAAAGGAACGAAGGGCCUGACGUCGCAAUCAUCCUCCCAAACAGACCAAGGACCCAUCAUGAGUCUGGCGCAGAUCGGCGCGGAAUUGUUCACGGUCUGUCUUGUUACAUGUUAUUCCGAAGGAGAAGAGUCGAUACGAACAACAUUGGACGCUAUCUCCAAGACGACCUACUCUGAUGCCCGCAAGCUUCUGUUCGUUGUGGCCGAUGGGAUGAUCACAGGUGCUGGCGAGAAGCGUAGCACACCCGACAUUUGUGUGAGCUUGUUGGACGCCGACCCUCGAUUUGGGGAACCGAUUCCGAUGGGGUACCUCGCGGUCGGGUCCGGGGCGAAAUCGCAGAACCGUGCCAUGGUGUAUGCUGGUCAUUACACUGUAGCCGGACGGCGCACACCCACCGUCAUCGUCGUCAAGUGCGGAACAGAGCAAGAAGCUCGCACGGACAAGAAACCCGGCAAUCGCGGCAAGCGUGACAGUCAGCUCAUCCUCAUGAAUUUCUUCUCCCACGUGACCUAUAACGAUCGAAUGACUCCUCUCGACUUUGACCUCUUCCGGAAGAUCCAUAUACUCAUGGGUGUCACGCCGGAUUUCUUUGAAGUUUGCCUGAUGGUGGAUGCCGAUACCACGGUUUUCCCUGAAUCAUUGCGCCAUCUUGUCAACUGUAUGCACCACGACCACAUGAUCAUGGGUGUCUGCGGCGAAACUCGUAUAGCGAACAAACGGACUUCCUGGGUCACCGCCAUCCAAGUCUUUGAGUAUUUCAUUUCCCACCACCUGGCGAAGGCCUUCGAAUCUGUCUUUGGUGGUGUCACGUGUCUUCCAGGGUGUUUCUCCAUGUUCCGGCUGAAGGCGCGAAAAUCGACGGGCGACGAUUGGGUUCCCCUCAUUAUCAAGCCCGAGAUCGUGAAGGAAUACAGUCAGAGCGUAGUAACUACACUGCACCAGAAGAACCUUCUUCUCCUGGGAGAAGAUCGCUUUCUGACGACCAUUCUGAUCCGGACCUUUCCAAAUAGGAAGAUGAUGUUUCUUCCUCAGGCUCGAUGCCGAACACUCGUUCCCGACACUUUUUCUGUUCUGUUAUCUCAGCGCCGCCGAUGGAUCAAUUCCACUAUCCACAAUCUCAUGGAGCUAGUUCUCGUCCGCAAUCUGUGCGGGACCUUCUGCUUCAGCAUGCAGUUUGUCGUUUUCAUGGAUCUUCUCGGAACCGUUGUGCUUCCGAUUGCUAUCGCUUUGACAUACAGUCUAAUCGUGGGUUCGGCGUUGAACCCGCCGAAAACAUUCGAGGAGGCCAUCCCCGUCAUGCUACUCGUCGCUGUUCUCGGACUUCCCGGCGUGCUCAUCAUGAUCACCACCGGCAAAAUCGUCUACGUGCUUUGGAUGUUGAUAUAUCUUCUCGCCCUGCCAGUCUGGAACUUCAUCCUCCCCGUAUAUGCGUUCUGGCACUUCGAUGACUUUUCCUGGGGCGAGACCAGAAAAGUGGAAGGCGAAGGUAAGGACAAGGGACAUGGCGAUGAAGGAGGUGCGAUAGGUGCUGAAAUUCCCUUGCGACGAUGGGAGGAUUGGGAAAGAUCUCGGUUGCGGAAGCUACGACGUGAGGAACGACGACGGAGAGACUUGGAGCGGAUGCACCCUGGUGGAUUUUUUGGUGCAGAGGGUGACCUGCUUUCUGUGCAAGACACUCGGAGCCAGUACGAUGGUUCGGAUGCCCAGUCUUUGGCCUCUUCGGACGACGACCAUUGGGGACCUCAAAUUGGCGGCUACAACGAAUACAACGCACAGUAUCCGCCGCCUCCAGUUGCACUCAAUGUCCCCCAUGAAACCGACCUCGAGUCAGCGCAAACACUUGAUUCGAAGGAGCUGGAGGCUAUGCUGGAGAUGGGCUUCGACGACAAACCUGCAUCCAUGGCCGGAACGCGCUACCAGUUGCAGGAUGGAUCAUCAUCGAGUCUACAGCUCAGCAACGCAAACGGCAACGGCUAUUCACCGUUAACCGCCGGGCAGCAAGGACCGGUUGUAUUCUCCCCCACGACCCCUACAGCGCCAACCGGCCCUGGUCGAGGUAUGCGACAAGGGUCACGUGCAGAGCCACGGUAUGGGCCUCUGGGGCCUCUGGAUCCAGCCACACAAUUCUGAUCGUUACCCUAUACCCGGCUUUCAAGUAAUUUACCAUACCCUGCUGCAUCGUAUCCGCAUAUCGCAUCACGCUCACAUUCGUUUCCAAAAUAGAGUCGAGUAGCUUCUCUGUAAGAAUAAUUGAAGGGAAUGGUGUCGGACGGACUAUUCAUUUUGGCUGGUAUGAACUGACAGCAUUAGACAAGUCAGUUUUCAAAGAUAGCAGUGGUCCUGGGCACUCCUUUCCCACUGAUUCAUUUGGUUGAGUCUUUUGGUUGAUCUAUGCA